AUGGAUCCGUUCAACAACCCCGAUACUCCCAACACGCCUUCGAACAACCCGAAUACUCCCACCAAUCCGACCCAACCAAAUGUUUUUUCGGUUCUGGGGUAUUAUCCAACGCUAGAACCGAACCAAUUCUCCCAAUUUUCAUCGAACGCUUUUGCGUCAUUCCAACAAUCGCCCAACCAAUUCACUCAAAUCUUCCAAAAUCAAGCUCUUCAACAAAUGAUGAUGCGGGGUGCUUGGAACUUUCCACCCGUUCAACCUCAACCGAUCCCCACACCCCCCGUUCAACCCCAACCGAUCCCCACACCCCCCGUUCAAUCCGAACCCGAAGAUGAUGUGGAGAUUGUGCCCGAAACCCAACCGCCAAAAGGGAAAGGAAAACGAAACAAAGGGAAACAAGUAGCGGGUGAUCAAGCGUCGAAACCGAAGGCGAUUAAAUGGACCCCAAUCGAAGAAGAAGCAUUAGCCAAGGCUUUCCUUGGCACUUCCGACAACCCGUGGCGAAAAUUGAACUCGGCCAUUAAUCGGUUUUGCGAGGAGUAUAACAAAUUAUAUACAAGUGACCGUCGUAGCGGGUGGAACGACGAGGAUGUGUUCAAAAUGGCAUUGCAAAAGUAUAAGCAAAAUCAUGGUUCCAACUUUCCUCACGUUCGUGCGUGGAUGGUUGUAAAAGACGACCCAAAAUGGUCGCCCAUUCCUAACGAGGUGGCGAUGGCGAAACGCCAAAAAACAUCGGAAACGGGUAGUUUAAGCGCCGGUGGGUCGGACGCGAGGUGUCACAUUAACUUAAAUGAUGACGCCGACUAUGACGAAGACGAGUAUAACGUACGUGAACCCGACCGUCCACCGGGCCGAGACAAAACAAAAAAGGAGCGGGCCAAGGGAAAAGGAAAGGAAACGGUGGACCCGAACAUGGUUGAGUUUAUGGAACACCUAAAAGUGUACAACGACAUAUCGGCCCAAAAGUCGAAGACGAAGGAGCGGGCCGUCGAAGAAAAAAGCCGUGCAUCGGACGAGAAGUUAAAAGAAAAGGUCCGAUUGUCGAAUGAGAAAAUCCGAAUCUCCGAUGAAAAAAUUCGGCUUAAGGAAUGGGAAAUAAUGAUGAUUAAUGUCGAGAACGAACCCGAGCCGAGACGUUCGAUGUUGAAAAAACUACAAGACGACAUCAUGAAAAAGCAUCAAAUUAUUUAA